UUGAAAUGCCCUACGUGCGGGAAAAAUUACAAGAGACGAGCCUGGUACAUUAAACACCUAAAAACACAUAAUGGUGUUGAAGCACGACAUUCGUUGGUAAGUUCUUCAAUUAUCACUUCGGAUAGAGUUGACCCUCACGUAUCCCAUGGUGAACCAUUAACUGGAAACCACCAGGAGUCCAUUAACAUCCGGACACGUCUUAGCAUUCCUAACAUGAAACAAUCGACUUGGAAAGUUCACGACGACAAUUUAGCGGUCCUGUUAGGGCAUCCGGGCUCGAAGCAGGAAUUGAACUCGCAGGUAGAAACUUUCCAAAAUACCGUUUAUGACUACUUCAACGAGCAAUAUCCACCACGUAAUCAUUACGCUCGCAAAAAUAAAGAAAAUUCGUUUAAGAUAAAAAUGAGGAAGAAAAAACGGGAAUUAAUAAAAAAUCUACGUAUAGCCAAAGCUCUAGGCGACAACCACCUUAGUCAUCAGCUAGCUAGGGCGUUAAGGUCAAUCCUUAAAUUAAUUCAAGGAAUAUCGGCACAAACUGCAGAAUAUCGCGGUAAUUUUGACCGGGCCAAACAGGAAGUAGAUUUUGAUAAAAACCCUUUUGAGUAUUCGAAAACCAUUUUUAAGAAAGAACGCGGACAGCUUCUCUUGACCAACGAUCAAAUUUACGACCAUUUCAAGAGCACAUACGAAGCGCCUAAAAGUGUAAGGCUCUAUACGGAUCCAAACGAACAAAAACCGAAAAUUCCUCAUAUCGAUUUUCACGGCAUACCACCAACGUUAGACGAAAUAAGUAGUCACAUAAAGAGGAAAUCAUCUAAAUCUGCACCGGGCCCCGAUGGUAUCCCAUAUAUAGUCUUUAAAAAAUGUCCAUCGGUUCGUAAACACCUCAUAAAUAUAUACGGCAAAAUCUGGUCAAGGAAGCAAAUCCCGGAGUGUUUCGGGAAAGCAAUUUUUGUCCUCAUUCCCAAAAAAGAUCGAGUUACCGAUCCGAAGGAUACUAGACCGAUAGCCUUAACAAAUACAAUUUCUAAAAUCUUUUUCUCGGUCCUACAAACGAGAAUGACGCGAUUCAUGCUCAGCAACAAGUAUUUUAGGCCAAAUCACCAGAAAGGGUUUCUACCCGGGAUUUCUGGAUGCCUAGAACACAACACCUUGCUGUCGGAGAGUUUGAAAGAUGCUAGAAAAAGCGAGCGGCAAAUUACAGUUUGUUGGAUAGACUUAGAGAACGCGUUCGGGUCGAUACAACACGAGUUGAUGCUAUUCGCGCUUAGAUGGUACAACUUUCCACCCCUAGUUAGAGAUAUGAUCGCGUCGUAUUACUCAAAAUUAAGGUUUUCUAUAAUAACUAAAGAAGGCCCUUCAAAAAGUUUGAGUUAUAAUGUAGGACUGUUUCAAGGUUGUUGUCUAUCUCCAAUUGCGUUUAAUAUCGUAAUUAACAUCUUAGUAGACAAAUUAAUCUGUAACGAGAAAAAAUGGGGUUAUCGGUUUAAGUUUAAUAAUAAAUACACGGAAUCCAUUUUAGCCUUCGCUGACGAUCUCGCAAUACUGACACGUCACCCCAAACACUGUCAAGUACUAUUGGAUGAAGUGGAUAAAUUCUGUGAGUGGACGGAUGGAUUGAGGACAAAACCAAGUAAAUGUCACUGUUUGUGUCUUGGUAGGCGGAAUACAAGAUACACCUCAUACGAUCCGGGACUAUCGAUAGGCGGUCAAUGCGUUUCUACGGUUACGGAAGAUGCACCAUUCAAGUUUCUCGGUCGUAAGAUUGAUAAUAUAGGUCGUACUCCAUCUUUAGAAGGAAUAGUAGAUAGCUUUUUAAAUGAUCUUAACAAGGUAGAUAGCCAGCAGAUCAGUAACGUAAAAAAAGCAUGGAUCUACGAUAAUUACUUAACUUCACGUUUGAAUUGGCCUUUCCUCGUCUAUGAUUUUAGUAAAACCCUUUUAUCUAAAUUAGAUGCAGGCGUCAUAAAGAUGUUGAAGUUGUGGCUCGGGCUCGCGCUAACGGCUGAUUCAUCGGCUUUAUUCAGGGAUCGUAAUAGUUUUGGGAUGAAUCUAAAAAGACCAUCGGAGCUCUACAAACACCUAAGAGUUUCCAAGAGACAUAUCCUGGGAAAAUCCCAUGAUGACGUCGUUACAUCACUCCCAAAAGACAAUGAUGCCCCAGAGCUAGAGUCACGACUUCAAUUCCAUAAACAAUUUAUGAUCGGAGCGCAAAAUAACAGAGUAGGGUUAGGAUCAAGUAGGAAAGUCCAAGAUACGGAUAUAUUGAAGUCUUUUAUUCGGCAAGACGAGAACGAUAAAUACAAAAUCCAUGCAAUGAGUUUAGAAAUGCAGAACGAGUGGUUAGACAUAGGAGAUUUUUGCAUUCCACUAGCACUAAAAUGGCGCACCCUAAUUCAUGACUGGUCGCCAGCCUUGCUAAAAUUUUAUCUCAAUGCGUUCCAGAUGACUCUCCCAGAUCAGAGUAAUUUAGUAAGAUGGGGUAAAGGUACCGAAAAAACUUGCUAUAUCUGCGGAAAGGCAGUUGGAACUGCCAAGCAUUUGCUGGUGGGAUGUAGGGUUCUCCUGGACAGCGGUCAAUACUCGCGUCGUCACGAUAGGGUUUUAGAGAUCAUACGUUUUGUGAGAGAGGGCACCAGGGCUAUAAAAUCAAACGUCAAGCCUUACUCUAUCCUUAAAGCGGCUUCGGAUUGGACUAUCAUGAUGGAUACGUAUGAGAAACAAUACAAAAUCCCCGAGGAUAUUUGUGCGUCGGCCUCCAGACCAGACAUAUUUCUAUAUUCGCGUAUUUUAAAGCGCGUUGUGAUGAUAGAGCUUACGGUGCCUUGGGAAACCAACAUCCCCAAAGACCAUGCCAUCAAGGUCAAUAAGUAUUACGAGCUCACUAACGAACUAACUCGAAAUAGGUUCGUCGUUGAUUUGUACGCGGUAGAGGUGGGAGCGAGAGGUAUAACAGCUAAAUCUCUCUAUAACCUACUAAAAGACUUGGGCCUGUCCAGAACUAACAUUAAUUCAUUCUUAGAACGUACGUCGAAGGCAGCCCUAGUAGGUUCUUUUCAAAUUUGGUUAGGUAGGGAGAGGAACUUGGACAGUGGAGUCCGAGAGGGGGGGCGGAAGAUCUGUCCACCGGUCGAUUUAAACGGCGAAAACGGCGCGAAUACGGACUUGAAAUGCCCUACGUGCGGGAAAAAUUACAAGAGACGAGCCUGGUACAUUAAACACCUAAAAACACAUAAUGGUGUUGAAGCACGACAUUCGUUGGUAAGUUCUUCAAUUAUCACUUCGGAUAGAGUUGACCCUCACGUAUCCCAUGGUGAACCAUUAACUGGAAACCACCAGGAGUCCAUUAACAUCCGGACACGUCUUAGCAUUCCUAACAUGAAACAAUCGACUUGGAAAGUUCACGACGACAAUUUAGCGGUCCUGUUAGGGCAUCCGGGCUCGAAGCAGGAAUUGAACUCGCAGAUAAAAAUGAGGAAGAAAAAACGGGAAUUAAUAAAAAAUCUACGUAUAGCCAAAGCUCUAGGCGACAACCACCUUAGUCAUCAGCUAGCUAGGGCGUUAAGGUCAAUCCUUAAAUUAAUUCAAGGAAUAUCGGCACAAACUGCAGAAUAUCGCGGUAAUUUUGACCGGGCCAAACAGGAAGUAGAUUUUGAUAAAAACCCUUUUGAGUAUUCGAAAACCAUUUUUAAGAAAGAACGCGGACAGCUUCUCUUGACCAACGAUCAAAUUUACGACCAUUUCAAGAGCACAUACGAAGCGCCUAAAAGUGUAAGGCUCUAUACGGAUCCAAACGAACAAAAACCGAAAAUUCCUCAUAUCGAUUUUCACGGCAUACCACCAACGUUAGACGAAAUAAGUAGUCACAUAAAGAGGAAAUCAUCUAAAUCUGCACCGGGCCCCGAUGGUAUCCCAUAUAUAGUCUUUAAAAAAUGUCCAUCGGUUCGUAAACACCUCAUAAAUAUAUACGGCAAAAUCUGGUCAAGGAAGCAAAUCCCGGAGUGUUUCGGGAAAGCAAUUUUUGUCCUCAUUCCCAAAAAAGAUCGAGUUACCGAUCCGAAGGAUAAUAGACCGAUAGCCUUAACAAAUACAAUUUCUAAAAUCUUUUUCUCGGUCCUACAAACGAGAAUGACGCGAUUCAUGCUCAGCAACAAGUAUUUUAGGCCAAAUCACCAGAAAGGGUUUCUACCCGGGAUUUCUGGAUGCCUAGAACACAACACCUUGCUGUCGGAGAGUUUGAAAGAUGCUAGAAAAAGCGAGCGGCAAAUUACAGUUUGUUGGAUAGACUUAGAGAACGCGUUCGGGUCGAUACAACACGAGUUGAUGCUAUUCGCGCUUAGAUGGUACAACUUUCCACCCCUAGUUAGAGAUAUGAUCGCGUCGUAUUACUCAAAAUUAAGGUUUUCUAUAAUAACUAAAGAAGGCCCUUCAAAAAGUUUGAGUUAUAAUGUAGGACUGUUUCAAGGUUGUUGUCUAUCUCCAAUUGCGUUUAAUAUCGUAAUUAACAUCUUAGUAGACAAAUUAAUCUGUAACGAGAAAAAAUGGGGUUAUCGGUUUAAGUUUAAUAAUAAAUACACGGAAUCCAUUUUAGCCUUCGCUGACGAUCUCGCAAUACUGACACGUCACCCCAAACACUGUCAAGUACUAUUGGAUGAAGUGGAUAAAUUCUGUGAGUGGACGGAUGGAUUGAGGACAAAACCAAGUAAAUGUCACUGUUUGUGUCUUGGUAGGCGGAAUACAAGAUACACCUCAUACGAUCCGGGACUAUCGAUAGGCGGUCAAUGCGUUUCUACGGUUACGGAAGAUGCACCAUUCAAGUUUCUCGGUCGUAAGAUUGAUAAUAUAGGUCGUACUCCAUCUUUAGAAGGAAUAGUAGAUAGCUUUUUAAAUGAUCUUAACAAGGUAGAUAGCCAGCAGAUCAGUAACGUAAAAAAAGCAUGGAUCUACGAUAAUUACUUAACUUCACGUUUGAAUUGGCCUUUCCUCGUCUAUGAUUUUAGUAAAACCCUUUUAUCUAAAUUAGAUGCAGGCGUCAUAAAGAUGUUGAAGUUGUGGCUCGGGCUCGCGCUAACGGCUGAUUCAUCGGCUUUAUUCAGGGAUCGUAAUAGUUUUGGGAUGAAUCUAAAAAGACCAUCGGAGCUCUACAAACACCUAAGAGUUUCCAAGAGACAUAUCCUGGGAAAAUCCCAUGAUGACGUCGUUACAUCACUCCCAAAAGACAAUGAUGCCCCAGAGCUAGAGUCACGACUUCAAUUCCAUAAACAAUUUAUGAUCGGAGCGCAAAAUAACAGAGUAGGGUUAGGAUCAAGUAGGAAAGUCCAAGAUACGGAUAUAUUGAAGUCUUUUAUUCGGCAAGACGAGAACGAUAAAUACAAAAUCCAUGCAAUGAGUUUAGAAAUGCAGAACGAGUGGUUAGACAUAGGAGAUUUUUGCAUUCCACUAGCACUAAAAUGGCGCACCCUAAUUCAUGACUGGUCGCCAGCCUUGCUAAAAUUUUAUCUCAAUGCGUUCCAGAUGACUCUCCCAGAUCAGAGUAAUUUAGUAAGAUGGGGUAAAGGUACCGAAAAAACUUGCUAUAUCUGCGGAAAGGCAGUUGGAACUGCCAAGCAUUUGCUGGUGGGAUGUAGGGUUCUCCUGGACAGCGGUCAAUACUCGCGUCGUCACGAUAGGGUUUUAGAGAUCAUACGUGAAGCGGUUAGUCUUUCGGUAGCCAGAGCGCAAAGGGAAAUAACCACAAACGAGCGAUCAAUAGGUUUUGUGAGAGAGGGCACCAGGGCUAUAAAAUCAAACGUCAAGCCUUACUCUAUCCUUAAAGCGGCUUCGGAUUGGACUAUCAUGAUGGAUACGUAUGAGAAACAAUACAAAAUCCCCGAGGAUAUUUGUGCGUCGGCCUCCAGACCAGACAUAUUUCUAUAUUCGCGUAUUUUAAAGCGCGUUGUGAUGAUAGAGCUUACGGUGCCUUGGGAAACCAACAUCCCCAAAGACCAUGCCAUCAAGGUCAAUAAGUAUUACGAGCUCACUAACGAACUAACUCGAAAUAGGUUCGUCGUUGAUUUGUACGCGGUAGAGGUGGGAGCGAGAGGUAUAACAGCUAAAUCUCUCUAUAACCUACUAAAAGACUUGGGCCUGUCCAGAACUAACAUUAAUUCAUUCUUAGAACGUACGUCGAAGGCAGCCCUAGUAGGUUCUUUUCAAAUUUGGUUAGGUAGGGAGAGGAACUUGGACAGUGGAGGUGAGCGUAUAGCGCGCGUUAGUUAA